AUGUUCAAGGAAUCAGAACCGAGCCGCCAGAGCAUUUACGAAAGUUCCUUGACGCACAGGACCAUAAGGGAAUUUCCUGUCCCUUCUUAUCCUCCCAGAAGGGAUGCCAUCUUUCUCUCCAAAAGGACUUUCAGCACGCUACAAAGUCGCAUCUUCGAACUCUUCCGCUUCUGGAAACCAGAGUGCUGGUUACAACGAGAGGCCAGUAAUCUUGAGCGUGAGGCUCUCUUCCCAAUGAAAUGGAUUGAACAUAAUGUUCUUAGCACCGACAACAUCGUACACCUCUGCCAAUGUUUCUUCCAUUGCCAGAGACAAGCUCAGGAGAAAGUAAUAAGUACUGUUCACUGGUGGGCACUGGUGCGCAAAUGGGAAGGAAAAGACCUCUACCAGAACGACAUCAAGUUGGAGUCCACUUUUGAACGAGUGUUGGCAGACAUUGCCGCGGAACAAACUACAUUCGAUACGAAAACCAUUGUGGAAACCAAAGUUCGGGAAACUCCUGAGAGGGUAGCGACUCUUGUAGAGCAAAAUUGUCUCCUGAUGAGAGAUUACGUGGAUAUGUAUGGCGCCGGGAACAGGAAAAAUCUCGUCAUGACAUCGAUGGAGCAGAAAGGGAUCAGAGGCCCAACUAAUCAGUACAAUCUCUUAUGCAGUAUUCUCUCUGAUUUGAAGAUGAAAGCUUGGGCUCUAGGAAUUGAUGAUCUUCCAGGCCAAGUACAUAAAAUUUUGCGGAAUGAUAUGAUGGCGUUGCGUGAUAAUUGGGACGAUGGUGCGUUUGCGAAUGGUAGGAUUCCUGGAUGGGAGCUAUGGCUAGCUGACAGAGAAGUUGAAAAGGGAUGGUAG